AUGGCAAAUAUCAAGCGACAAAAGCAAUGGGGUCGGAAUGAAACGUUAGCUUUGCUAGAGAUAAUAAAAAAUUAUUACAAAGCUCUUAAUACUGCUAAGUCACCCAGAUGGCAAACUAUCUGUGAGCAAUUUGACACGUUAUACCCGAAUAGGAGCGAAAAGGCUAUAAGAAAAAGGUGGGAGAAGCUUUUGGCGGACUAUAAGAAAAUGCAAGACAAUAAUCGGCGAACGGGUGCAGAGAGAAUGGAGUUUGAAUAUCAAGAGGAAAUUCAGGAUAUAGUCACUGACGAUCCAGUGUUCAACGAAGUGUACGAUUCAGCCAAUAGGACUA